GGAGACGAUAAGUAUACUGCCAUCGCCAUGACAGUCUCAUGGUAGUUGUAUCGUUCAUUUUACCGCGUGCCAAGAGUGAUUUAACGAGACAAUUUGAUAGCGUCGUCCGGCCGAGUUUUUGUCCGGACGUUUUGUCUCUCAACUGGCGUCAUUUCGUGCGAGGCGGGCGCAUUACUUAUGACAGAAUACCGUCGUAAAAUCAACUUUAUGUCCCGGUAGGCCGCCAUUACGUGUUCGCGUCGUACAGUUGGCGUACAUCAUCCGGCAUUUGAAGCUCGAAUCGUUCAGCCCGAUAGUACAGAGCUAUAAGAUUCUAUUGCCGCUAAUCAUGGCUCGGAGCCGAAAGGAUAGCACUGGUAAGAGUGACUCCGAAACUACAGAUAAGGAGAACAAAAAGGAGAAAGGUAGAGAGAGGGAGCGAAAAAAACGUGCGGCUUCCUCCUCCAGCAGUGGUUCUAGCUCAUCAGAUAGCAGCUCUGGAUCUUCAAGUUCUAGCAGUGGCAGUAGUUCCAGAUCAAGUUCUACUUCUAGUAGUUCGUCCAGUAGUUCUGCUAGUUCCUCAGCCAGUUCCAGGGAUCGAGGAAGAAAAAGAAGUCGUAGCAAGAGCGUUGAUGCUUCACGAAAACAUGAUAAUAAGGAAAAGGAAAGAGAUAAAGAAAGGGAAAGAGAAAGGGAUAGAGAUAGAGAUAGAGAGAGGGACAAGGACAGAGAACGCGAUAAGGAAAGGAAGAAAGGAAACAAUGUUGUCCCUGAUAAAGUUAAACAAAAACGAUCCAGAUCUCCCUCUCCACGUAGGAAACGUAGGGAGCGUUCGCCGAUUCCUCGACCAACAAAGAUACAUAUUGGCCAUCUAACACGGAAUGUCACCAAAGAGCAUAUCAUGGAGAUAUUUUCGGCAUAUGGUAAUAUAAAGAUGGUUGACUUUGCAUUGGAUAAACUUCAUCCAAAUCAGGGAAGAGGGUUUGCUUACGUCGAAUUCGAAACUGCAGAUGAAGCGGAAAACGCUAUGAAACACAUGGAUGGAGGGCAAAUAGAUGGCCAAGAAAUCACAGCUGCUCCAGUAUUAUUGCCAAAACCCCGACCGCUACCAAUGCGACGAAUGUCACCAGGAAUGGGAAGACGUGCACCACCACGAUGGGGAGGAGGUGGUAGAAACACACCGCCACGUUAUCGUAGACGUUCGCCGCUCAUGAAUCGACGCAGAAGUCCGCGACCACCGCGGCGCAGAAUAAGGACUCGAUCGCGAAGUCCACCGGGAAAUCCUCGACAUCGACAUCGACGUUACACAAGAUCCAGCUCGAGUAGUUCCCGAUAAUUUUCCUCUUUUUUUUUUCAUCACAUUGUACAUAAAGAAUAUCGAACUAAAUAUGACAACAUUAUCGUACAGUUAUGUUACUACAUUAAAACCAAGUAAAGCGUAAUGAUUACGAUUUUAAUUAUGAUAAGGUGCAUUCGCUAAAAGCGAUCAUGAACUCAUUUAUAAAUAUAACAAUAGUUUCAUGUCUCGUCUCAAAGCACACUUUUGAAAUAUACUAAAUUUCACAAUAUUGAUGUAUUGAUUGGUCUUUUGUAGUUAGUUAACACCUCAAAUUUUUAUAAACCAGUAAUAUUUAUACUGUUUAUGAUGCUAUUAUAAGAUAAAGAAUAUAGAAAAAAAUUAAUGUGACAGUUUAAAAGAUAUUAAUAUAUAUUUUUCUAGUCGUUUAUCUGUAAUUGUAUUUAGUGUGCUGAAAAGGGAUCGUAGAGUUCAUUAAAUAAUUUUUUUACAUGAAUAAAGACAAAAUGUGUUUAAUAAUGCUCUGUAAGUAAAACGAUAGUCUGUGUAAGAAAAUUUGUCCUCUACUAUAAAAUUUAUUAUUAUAUUUUAAAAUGUCGACUAGCAAAUUUUUUAAAAUGUCUCACGUUCAUUUUUCACUUUUAGUAAACGAGAUAUGUAUA